UGUUGCCAUAAAUACACUCCCCAUCAAUAAUACUAUCCUCGUCAUUUCCCGUGAAGGCAAAUUCUUGUAAUAGUUGAACAGCUUUGUGACCAUGGCGUUGGUUCAGAGUUCAGAUGAUCUGAAAACAGAGGUCAAACAGUUGAGACGGCCUUCGGCCCUCGAUCUCAGCGUUGCUACAGAGAUGUACUUCUAUGAUUAUUAUUGGGAUCUCCUAACAUACAUUGGUGAGCGGAAAAAAAGGAAAGAGGCUUUUGAGGCAAAGGCAAGGAUCCAAGGAUGGACGCCAGACAUUACGAGCGAAGAAUGGGCUAUUCGCUGCAGAGAAGAGAGCGCCUUUUUGCGUAAAAGGCGUACAAGAUUAGGAUAUAACGAAUUCCAGGUUCUGUGUCAAAUUGGAAAGGGAGGGUACGGCGAAGUUUUCCUUUCGUUGAAAAAGGAUACAAAGGAAAUAUGCGCGCUUAAGCGUAUGCGGAAGAAAGCUUUGAUGGUACAAGAUGAAGUACAUCAUAUAAGGAAUGAAAGAAACGUGUUGACAGCUACGGAUUCUAGAUGGCUGGUGAAGUUGCUGUACUCCUUCCAGGACACAACCUACGUGUAUCUGGCAAUGGAGUUCGUUCCAGGCGGUGAUAUGAGAACAUUGCUGAAUGGUAGUGGUGUGCUACAUGAGUCACACGCCCGAUUCUAUAUGAUGGAGAUGUGUUUGUGCGUGGCAGCUCUGCAUCGCUUGGGAUUCAUUCACAGAGACUUGAAACCAGAAAACUUUUUGAUAGCCGCGCAGGGACACUUAAAGCUGACGGACUUCGGUCUUGCGAAAGGCAACGUUAGCAAAGAGUACAGGGAUAAACUACGCACAAAGCUUGACAACAUUAAAGAUCGACAAAUUGUGAAAUACUCUUCAGUCGAAAGGAGAACAAUGUAUCAAACGAUUCGGGCAGAGGAUCGCACACGGGCUUUUUCUCUGGUGGGUUCACCCGAUUACAUGGCUCCGGAAAUGUUGAAAAAUGAAGGAUAUGACCUGCUGGUGGAUUACUGGUCGUUAGGUUGUAUAUUUUUCGAGCUUCUCGCAGCGUUUCCUCCAUUUGGUGCCCCCACCGUCGAUGAAAUCUGGAUCAACGUGUUCAAUUGGCAAGAUGUGCUUGAUCGCCCUGUAUAUCAAGGCGCGGACAAGGAAUUCAAUAUGUCAGAUGAGGCAUGGAAUCUGAUUGAAUCGCUCAUCACAACGAAGGCCAAUCGCUUGCAUAGCCCUGUACAGGUGCAACAACAUCCUUGGUUCCAAGGAUUUGAUUGGAGUACAGUGAAAAAUAUGCGGCCGCCUUUUAUACCAGAUUUAACCAACGAACACGACGUACAAUACUUUGACGACUUUACAAACCCUGAAGAUAUUGCAAAAUACCAAGGCUUCGAUGGUCCGGACUUGGAUGAUGAUGAUAUGGAUGGCAAGAACGAGCGUGAAUUAUGGGUUGGCUGGACAUUCCGAGGGAGGGACAGGCGAUAUGGCCAUGAGGAAAGUGGAGUCGAGCACGGCGAUCGAGUAUCGAAAGAGAUGUUUUAAGUGUGGUUAGAGGGGACGAAGAGGCUGGCAUCUGGAAAUUAGGUUUGUCAUUGGUGUAUAACAGCUCCUGAAAAGCACCCACGUCAACAAAUGUGUGAGGCUCAAGUUCUUUUGAGCUUGCGCUUUGUAGAUGAUAAAUACCAAAACGUAUAUUCAUACCUUGCACUCGAUUGAAGCAGUGGAGGUCUUCGCUUAUUCCUGGCUCAUUAGUAUUGGAAAUUUGUAAUUAUUUGAUGAAAAGAAUAGCCGUGGUACGAUCUAGAAAUCAUCUGAACAUGGUGCCUUGACCUGCAGUGAAGAUACUAGCGAAAGAAAGCUAGCUUAUACAUGUAGCAGUUACAUUGGAUGGCCCGUAUUAAUACUAUCUAGAUUACUAAAAUUAAAGGUUGAAACGUAUUAUCAGGCAGACUUGAACCUUAAGGCCACAUAUUCAC